AUGUGUGAUUUAUUUAAAAAAAUGAAUUAAAGCUUAGCUUUUUAUUCUGUUCAAUAUUGUGAUGAUAAUUUUACGGAGACGCCGAUUUAUUGUAUUCCUUAAUUUUAGCCAUAAAAUAAUUAUGGAAUAUAAGAAAUUAACAAUCAGACUGAACUUUAAACAUUUCCUCAAUAACACACUCUCAAAAGAGCUAAAUCAUGCAAAAUUUUGAAGCCAUUAUUUCAAUUAUAAUAUGACCCUAUGGAAAUAGAAUAGGAAGAAGAAAACAUUUCACAAUUAAUAGCAUCUUAACCAUCAACUAUAAGUGUUGCUAUUUAGAUUGAUUUAGAUGAAUAUUUUAAAAAAAUCAACAUUAGGUUGAAUAGAGAAUUUAUGAAAAAUAAUCAACUUCGAAAUAUUUAUUUAGAUAUUUUUGAAAAAGAUAGCAUCUAAAGAAAAUAAUGUUCUACAACUGAAUUGUUAAUCAAUUUGUUCAAGACAUCUUAUACAGAAUUUAUGAAUAAAUAAAUUGAUAACAUUGGAUUAAUUAAGCUAUUUAUAGAAGAUAAUAUUGAUGCUUUCAUUACAGGAUCACUAAUACCUCCCCAAUAAGUUUGGCAUGAUUAUAAGAUUUUAAUUUUAGCUAUUAUGAUUAAAAUUAUGAGAAGUAACUUUAUUAUUUAUAUUAGUGAAAAGUACAACAGGAUAACUAAUUUUUGAAUGCAUGAUAGCUCAUUUAUAUGGUAAGUUGGAAUGCAUUUUUUAAAAUUAGGCUCCAUCUAUUCCUGAGUUCAAGGAUUAUUUUGAAUGGUAUUUUUGGUCAAGUGAUCGAAAUAAAUAAUUAGAAAUAAAUGAUUUAAGUAAUGAUGAAAAGCGUUAAUUAAGGAUAGUAAGUAUCAUCAGAAAAUAUUCUUUUUUAUUAUGGAGUCUUUUGUGGAUUGAUCCAAAUUAAAUCUUAAAUUUAAAUCCUGAUCUUUAAUACUUUAGAGAAUAAUAGAACAUACCAGCUUAUAGAUAUUUAAAUAAGGAUAGAUAAAUGUUUUCAAGUCUAAUCUUAAAAUUUAUUUAAUGUAAUACAUUUGCUUUUGUUCCAUCUCUUAAUGCAUUAUUCGACGUUGUUUAAGAUAAAAAAAUAUUAUUGCCAAUUUUCAAUAAAUUUUAAGAUAAAUUGAAUAAUGAUGGGUUAUUAGAGGAUUUGUUAGAUGAUUUAGGGCCAAUGAAAGACCAAGCAAAAAAUGAGUUUUUUGUUUAUCCAUAAGUGCAUGAUAAAGGAUUAGUAAAGAUUGUAUAAGGGAAAUUUAAAUUACUAAGAGAGGAGCCAAGUUAAACCGAAAAUGAUUUUUAUGCAAAAUUAUUUUUAAACGAUCAGAGACCUACAUUCUAUUAGGAUUGA